GUAUUUGUACGUACUUUUCGGAUUCUAUUAUUAUAAGUAUAUUUUUAUCAUUAACAAUUGUUAUUCAUCUAUUUCGCUGCUUAUGUUACUGUUUAGGCAAUGGAUUUAUUCUAUGAAUUAACGUUAUCUAUGUUCUAUGAUUAAACAGUUUGCUUUAGGUUAGAUUUUUGUAGAAAUUUUUGAAAAUGUGGAAAAAUGUAGCUUCAACAAUAGUUUCCUCAUUGAAAACACAGAAAUUUUUAUUUCCUCAUGAAUUAUUAUAUCAACCAGCUAGAACUACGUUUAUCUUGAAAAGGAAAUUUCCUCCGCAACUACAUAAGAAAGGAAAACCACAAAAGACCUUGAGAAGUAGACAUUAUGUGUAUGAAUUAGUUCAAAAUAUUGCUGGUGAAAGACAACCUAAUAUGGAGGUUAUCCUUACUACAUUUGUAGAAGGUUUAGGGAAUGUAGGUGAUAAAGUAUCAGUGAAACCGAAUAAAGCUUAUAACCAAUUGCUACUUCCUGGUUUAGCUGUCUAUGCAAAUCCAGAAAAUGAAAAAAAAUAUAAAGAUGCUAUAGAUGACCAGAAUGUAAUUAAGUUCAGUACUCCUACAGCGGCGUAUACUGUUAAAACAUUGUCUCGAAUGCUAUUAUCAGUAGUUAUGAACAAAGACACGCCUUGGACAUUAAAACCUUGGCAUGUGAAAGCUUCAUUCAGAAAGUGUGGUUAUAAUGUUCCGGAAGAAGCUAUAACACUUCCAGAACAACCCAUAUCUGGACCUAACUUGGAUUUAGAAGACAAAGAAUUCUUUGUUACAGUUACAAUAAAUAAGCAAGAAAAGGUAAACGUGCGGUGUAGGUUACAUCAUUGGAGUACAGAAGUAGCAACGAGAUUACCUCAUGUUCACAACUUCUGGGAAACACCAGCAGAACCUAUUAUACCAGAACAGGCACCAAUUUUAGAAGCUCUGCCCAAAAAGCCACCUAUCAAAGUUAAAAUAGAGACGAAAAAAAUCAAAUAAAGUGUUUAGUUUA